GGAUUAUCAUAUUUGUAUCUAUAUCGUGUGAGACUAUGUGAGAAUAACUUUUCUUUCUCUCUACAGUGACUGACCAAGAUGCAUCUUGCUCGCUUCGGGUGAAAGCUCAGCAACAGUUAUGUUUUAUACUUCACAGGCGCAUAAUCGUUCAAGUCCCACACCGCUACUUUCAUAAAUAAUUUACUGUUUAUAUAACGUACACACGCCUCUUUAUAAUGUCCCCUCGGGGACAUCCGAUAAAAUUGGAACGAUACAGAGAAGAUUAGCAUGGCCCCUGCGCAAGGAUGACACGCACAAAUCGAGAAAUGGUCCAAAUUUUUUUGACAUUUUCUCCGUUUUUUUUUGUUACUUUCGGCAUUUUUGGGGUUUUGCUUCUUCCUUAAAUUUUCGUCACUAGGGUUGAUGACUUAUUUUCUCUUUGAUUUCUUCGUAAGGAUAACAACCUAAGAAGAAGACAAAGACGAAGAGGAGCUUAUGGAAUAGUUGAAUGGAAAGUACAGAGUUAGCCAAAUUUUGAAGGUGGCGGAGAGGUUUUGAGUUACAACUACUAGUGAUGCUUAAGCCAAUCGGUGCUAUUUUCAAGGUUUUUAGUUACAAGUGAUGCACAUAACAUGUUUGAUGAAUUUCUCUUUCAUUCAAAAUGCAUAUGUUGCUGAACUCUGCUUUAAAACGCUUUGGGCUUCAAAAUAAGAGCACACACAAGUUCCAAUUACUUUCAGUGUCCUUCUAUUCCACAUUGCACUCAAUAUCUGCACCUCCCCAGUUGCAAGAGCUCUGCAACAUUGUCACCAGUACUGUUGGUGGACUAGAUGAUCUAGAGUUAAGUCUAAAUAAGUUUAAGGGUUCUAUAAAUUCAUCUCUUGUAGCUCAAGCUAUUGAUUCCAUCAAACAUGAGGCACACACUAGAAGAUUGCUCAGGUUCUUCUUAUGGUCCAAUAAGCAUUUGAGUCGUGAUUUGGAAGACAAUGAUUAUAAUUAUGCUCUUAGGGUUUUCGCAGAAAAGAAAGACUACACGGCUAUGGAUAUCUUGCUUGGAGAUCUCAAGAAGGAGGGUAGAGUCAUGGAUGCUCAAACUUUUGGUCUUGUAGCUGAGACUUUUGUUAAGCUUGGGAAAGAAGAUGAAGCAUUGGGUAUUUUCAAGAACUUAGAUAAGUACAAGUGUUUUAUUGAUGAAUUCACAGUUACUGCUAUUAUUAAUGCCCUUUGCUCCAAAGGGCAUGCUAAGAGGGCCGAAGGUGUAGUUUGGCAUCACAAAGACAAAGUUAAAGGCGUGCUACCUUGCAUUUAUAGGAGUCUUCUUUAUGGUUGGUCUGUGCAGAGAAAUGUGAAGGAAGCUAGGAGAAUUAUUCAAGAGAUGAAGUCAAAUGGGGUUAACCCAGAUUUAGUUUGCUACAACACAUUCCUCAGGUGCCUUUGUGAACGGAAUCUCAGACAUAAUCCUUCAGGACUUGUGCCUGAAGCUUUAAAUGUAAUGAUGGAGAUGAGGUUUUAUAAGGUUUUGCCGACCUCAAUCAGUUACAACAUUUUGCUUUCUUGUUUGGGGAAGACUAGAAGGGUUAAGGAAUCUUGUCAAAUACUUGAAGCAAUGAACAAAUCUGGUGUUGCUCCAGAUUGGGUCAGCUAUUAUCUCGUGGCAAGGGUUUUGUUUCUGAGCGGUAGAUUUGGUAAAGGGAAAGAGAUAGUGGAUCAAAUGAUUGAAAAAGGUUUGGUACCAAACCAUAAGUUUUAUUACAGUUUGAUUGGUAUUCUCUGUGGGGUUGAAAGGGUAAAUCAUGCUCUUGAACUAUUUGAGAAAAUGAAGGGAAGUUCAUUGGGAGGUUAUGGACCAGUUUAUGAUGUGCUCAUUCCAAAGCUUUGUAGAGGAGGGGCUUUUGAAAAAGGAAGAGAACUUUGGGAUGAAGCCAAAUGUAUGGGCAUCACUCUUCAGUGCUCAAGGGAUGUUUUGGAUCCUUCAAUAACAGAAGUAUAUAAACCUAAAAGACCAGAAAAAAUCAACCUUGUGGAUAGCUCAAAAGCCAAGCCUCAGCAGAAAGUUUCAAAUUAUUUAGAGAGGAUGAAGAUGAGAAAAAGAAUUGCGGCAAUUAAGAAGAAAAAGAAACAGAAAUCUGCAGCAACUUAAUUUGUAAUUUAUGUAGUCUUUGAGAAGAAUUUAUUAUUACUGCUUGCUUAUAAUACAUUAACAUUGUAUUACUGCAGGUUUUGUGCUUAUCAACCAUAUGCUAUCUUUAUUGUUGGAUUUUAAGCUUUGCAUGAAAAAACCUGUGAUCUAUCAAUGAAACUGUAUCUUAUCCUUUUAUAGUUUAAGUUCAUAUUUUGCGGUGCUUUUA